AUACGAAACUCGCAUCUCCACUCACACACAAAGGGCAUUUUCCCUUGGUUUCCGUUUCACGGCAUAUCAUCGAGUCACGGAACAAAUAAUGGAGUUUUUCUAUGUCUCUUUGCUCUGCUUGUUUUUGCUUCUUGUUACACUCUCACUCCAUUUCCUCUUCUACAAGAGCAGGUCAGCCUUGUCCGGACCCUUACCGCCCGGUAAGACCGGAUGGCCGAUGGUGGGAGAAAGCCUUGAGUUCUUGUCCUGUGGGUGGAAAGGCCACCCUGAAAAGUUUGUUUUUGAUCGCAUGGCCAAGUACUCUUCCCAUGUUUUCAAGACUCAUCUCUUAGGUGAAAAAGCAGCCGUUUUCUGUGGUGCGCCUGGUAACAAGUUCUUGUUCUCAAAUGAGAACAAGCUUGUUCAGGCAUGGUGGCCUGCCUCUGUUGACAAGGUCUUCCCGUCUUCAACCCAAACUUCAUCAAAAGAGGAGGCCAUCAAGAUGAGAAAAAUGCUCCCAAACUUCCUCAAACCUGAAGCUUUGCAACGAUACAUCGGUAUCAUGGAUCAUAUUGCUGGACGACACUUCUCUUCUGGUUGGGAAAACAAGGAUCAAGUGAAAGUUUUCCCUCUUUGCAAGAACUACACGUUUUGGAUAGCUUCCAGAUUGUUUGUGAGCGUCGAGGAACCAACUGAAGUUGCUAAGUUGCUCGAGCCAUUCAACGUUUUGGCAUCCGGGCUCAUUUCUGUCCCUAUUGAUUUGCCCGGAACCCCUUUCAACCGUGCUGUUAAGGCCUCUAACCAGAUCAGGAAGAUGCUUGUGGCCCUUAUCAAGCAAAGGAAAGUUGAUUUGGCUGAAGGCAAAGCAUCACCUACAAAAGAUAUCAUGUCACAUAUGCUUACAACAAGUGAUGAAAACGGAAAAUUCAUGCAUGAAUUGGAUGUUGCUGAUAAGAUUCUUGGAUUAUUGAUUGGAGGCCACGAUACUGCUAGCUCAGCAUGUACUUUCGUUAUCAAAUUCCUUGCAGAGUUGCCUGAAAUUUAUGAAGGAGUCUACAAGGAGCAAAUGGAGAUCGUCAAAUCAAAAGCACCAGGUGAACUGUUGAACUGGGAUGAUAUUCAGAAAAUGAAGUAUUCAUGGAAUGUUGCAUGCGAAGUAUUAAGACUUGCUCCUCCGCUCCAAGGUGCUUUUAGAGAAGCUCUUGCUGAUUUCAUGUACAAUGGUUUCUCAAUUCCAAAGGGAUGGAAGAUAUAUUGGAGUGCCAAUACGACACAUAGAAAUCCUGAAUGCUUCCCAGAACCACAAAAAUUCGACCCUUCAAGGUUUGAAGGAAGUGGACCUGCUCCUUAUACAUUUGUACCUUUUGGUGGAGGUCCUAGAAUGUGCCCAGGAAAAGAGUAUGCCCGCUUGGAAAUACUUGUUUUCAUCCAUCAUGUUGUGAAGAGAUUCAGGUGGGAAAAAAUAAUUCCUGAUGAAAAGAUUGUCGUGGAUCCGAUGCCCAUUCCUGCCAAGGGACUUCCAGUUCGACUUUUUCCACACAAGGCCUAAAAAUCAUCGUAGUUCUUGCGGUCAUCAUAGCUAAGGCAAAAAAAAAAAAAAAAAAAAAAAGUUUGUCUAAUAUUGGAAGUUUCUGCUUUUUUUUUUUUCUUUUGUUUAUAUUAAUCUUGUAAGCUGGUGGAAGGCAUUUAACCUCCUCAUAAACAUGAAAUGUAUAAUGAACGGAAACAACUACAUUUACUACUAUGUGUUUGCAUCAA